AUGGACGACAAGGAGCUGAGCAAGCGCAUCCAAGUUCUGAGCAAGGCCGUUGUCGCCGAACCCGCGUCCAACGUCAUCAACUUGCUCGAGGAGCUUAAAAAGGAGCAAGCCCCGACCGAGGAACAGCUUCGUUCCACCAAGGCUGGCGUGGUCGUCGGGAAACUUCGCUCGAAUGCCAACAAGGACAUUGCGCGCUUAGCUACCGAGAUUGUCUCCAAGUGGCGGAAGAAUGUGGAUGCUGCAAAGGACGCGAAGCGGCGCAAGCUCGAGCAGAGCAAAUCACCCACCCCCAAGGACUCGCCAGCACCGCCCUCAUCCUCCUUCAGCAAGCCGUAUGAGGGCGACCCGGAGAAGAGGCACUUCAAGACGGACAAGGUCGACAUCUCACGGACCGGCAACAGAGCGCGUGACGGUAGUAUCGGCGUCCUCUACAAUGGUCUAGCGUACCGAUCCACCCAAUCCAUCGAGGAGGUGCUGCAGCGUGCCAUGGAGGUGGAGGCAGCUGCCUUCAAGGUCUACAAGGACACGCCGGCCUACGGCAACAAGAUCCGCGGACUUAUGACCAGCUUGAAACGCAAGGACAACCCCGAGCUGGGCCGCCGCGUUCUUUCUGGCGAAAUCGCCGCCGAGAAAUUCGUCGUCAUGACGAGCGAGGAGCUGGCGUCCGACGCCCAGCGAGCCCGCGACAGGGAGCUGGAAAAGGAGAAUAUGAAGAAGGCCCAGGUGCCCCAGGCUGAAAAGUCCAUUAGUGACCAGCUCAAAUGUAGCAAGUGCGGCCAGAGGAAGGUUUCGUACAGUCAGGCGCAGACUCGUUCGGCCGAUGAGCCCAUGACUACCUUUUGUGAAUGCACGGUCUGCGGCAACCGCUGGAAGUUUUCCUAG